GCGCGAAGGAAGGUGGUCGUUGGGGGGUGCCUUCAGCUCCCACCUAUACGCUUGCACCUGCCUUGCACUUGGAUUAUUGGCGACUCCCAUUCUUACGCCUGCCUGCCGCGCGUGUUUACGCAUCUGCCUCCCCAUUCAUCUCACUCUCCUAUUUUGGGCAACCUGGCGAAAAGAACGAGGUAAAAGGGGUGGCGGAACAAAAGGGAAAGGGACAACCCAACCCCGAAGGUGGGAGAAAAACAAGGGGAAAAUAAAAGAAAACAUCCACAAAUCGAUUGAGCAGCGAUAACCACCACCUAAUUCACCUCCACCAACCGACCGACCGACACGACCCAAGCGGUAGCGUCCAAGGACGGCGGACAACUGUCUCGCGCAGCUUCCCGCGAGCUUUGCUCCCAAAGUCAGUGUCUGGCGCUCUCGCGGGUCAGCAUUGAGCGCUCUGCUGCCGUCGUCAUGACGUCCAACUUCGCCCCCAGCGGCCCCGAGCAGCCUCGAGACGCAGUCCAUCCAACCCCCCAAGAAGUCCAGUCGCAACAGCAACCGCAACCUCAACCUGAACCUCAGCUUCAACCGCAACUACAACCACAGCCUCAGACUCAGACAAAGGUAGACGCCGACCCGAAACCCGAUCCGCCGCCGCCGUACACACAGCCGCAGUCGCAGUCGCAGUCGCAGUCGCAGUCGCAGUCGCAAUCGCACUCUGAGUCGCGACCGCUAUCACCACAGCAGCCGCCGCCACAAAAGCUGCCCUCCUCAAAGGCGAUAUCACAACUCCAGCCCCAGCCGCAACCCCAAGCGCACGCGCACGCGCACACGCAGCCGCCAGGACAAGGACACCUCAAGUCGAGGCCGACACCACCGCCUCAGGUGCUGCCCCAUCCCGCGACACCUUCAUCGUCCCACAAUGCCUCUCCUCCGAGCAAAAGAGACCUGAGGUCGUGGUGGAAGGGCUUCAAACUGCCUUCAAAACACCAAGAUACACAUGAAUCCCGCCCCCAAGGGAUAUUCGGCGUCCCACUUCGCCAGAGCAUCACCUAUGCCAACGUCGCCAUAUCGCUCAUCGACGAGAACGGAAAGAGCUACAUCUACGGCUAUGUGCCGAUUGUCGUAGCGAAAUGCGGGGUGUUUCUCAAGGAAAAAGCCACCGGGGUUGAAGGAAUCUUCCGCCUCAGCGGUUCCGAAAAACGCAUCAAGGAGCUCAAGACGAUAUUCGACUCACCUGAUCGUUACGGCAAGGGACUCGUGUGGGAUGGCUUUACCGUUCAUGAUGCCGCCAACGUCCUCAGGCGAUACCUCAACGAUCUCCCAGAACCUGUCGUACCGUUGGACCUGUAUGAGAAGUUCAGGGAGCCGCUCCGCGGGGCUACUAUGCAGGCUGUUGGUGACGCCGAGGGGCCACAGUUCGUAGACAACUUCGACCUAGGGGCGGCCAUUGCCAAGUACCAGAGCCUGAUAACCGAGCUGCCGCCGCUCAACCGGCAGCUCCUGCUAUAUAUCCUGGACCUUCUCGCCGUUUUCGCAGCUAAGUCUGACGAGAACCGCAUGAACUCGCAGAACCUCGCCGCCAUCUUCCAGCCCGGCAUGCUAUCUCACCCUGCGCACGCCAUGGCCCCUGAGGAAUACCGUCUGAACCAAUGCGUUAUAAUAUUCCUAAUCGAGAACCAGGACCACUUUCUAAUCGGCAUGCAAGGGACGGCUGCGGACGAGAAGACGGUGCAGGAGGUUCAGAAAGGCACCCCUCCGACCACAACGCCUGUCACCCCAAACGCGUCGCGCAAGUCGGGCGUUCAGAGGUCUGCAUCCAACGCCAGCGCCGGGGCUGAGAGUGUCGCUCGUGAUGGCAAGAUUCGUAGGAAUCGAUCCACGUCUUCCAGGCAUUCGCGGCAUUCAAACGGGGCGCCCAGCCCAGGUAGUCCAGCCAUAGGCUCUACAACAUCGGGCGGGCUUGGGAGGAGCAACACUUUGCCUUCCAAAAAGUCACCUGCCAUCGGCUCCGGCCGGUUCCACCAGAAGGCUGACCAGCACUCAGGCUCUCUAGCACCACUGACCCCAGCCACCCCUGCCACCCCGACGCCGAUCCCGCCCUCGCCCACAGUGGUAGAGGCCAUCUCUCCUCGCGUCGAACAGGGUCGAGCCUUGCAGUCGAAAUCUCGAGCUACAGCCCUUGGAAUGCCUCUCCAGCUACCCGCCGCCCAACUCGGCCUACCUAGCAGAAGCCAGGAUGGCCUUCUGGAGCCCACCACCCCAGACGCACUUACUCCUGCGCGGGAGCGCAAGCUGCAGAGUUUGUUCCAGCGUUCGCCGACGGGGGAGGGCGAUUCUAGGCAGCCAAAUAAGUUGCGGAAAAAGCGAUUGGCGAGCAGCACAAACCCCAGUGCACAAAGCUCGACCGCCUCGUUGCCUCAUUCGGCCGCUGGGAUCUCUCCUGGCGUUGAGAUGCCGAAUCCCAUGGAACAGCACCAGCUUGAUCCGCCGGCAGAAGAGGCCCAGGCACAGACGAACACGUCUUUUGCGGCAGAACUGCCACCGGAACCAGCAUCGGCGGCCGAACAUGUUCCAACCUCUACCCCGGGCACUAUCAACAGCAAAACCGCCAACCCGACAAAUGUCGAACAACAACACGCCCUCCGGCCGCAGAAGUCACCACCCCAUUCGCUCCACAGCUCUUUCAAUGAGGGUUCCGAGCUCGACCAGGUCGAGGAGCCACCUGCGCCGACAGAGAGUACGGAACCCGACAAGGACAAGCGGCGGCGGUGGAGGCUGUCGAAGAGAAAGGAAGACAUGGUAGCAGCUGCCCCGCCACAGCCUGGGCCAGCAUCUCCUCGGCAGGUCCUGGGGCUGAACACCAACGCCGAGAUGAGCACCAGUUCGGUUGGCAGCGGGAGUAAGCAAGGACGGCGAAGCUUCAACGGCGACUCUUUAGACAACUUCACUGCCUUGAGUGCCGAAGGUCAUUCGUCACAUGAGUCCAACUACAAGGAAGGCAAAGACGAGGUCAGAGGCCUGACUGGUUGGAUUAAGAAUAAAUACCGAGAGGCCAAGGAAAACCACGAUCAACGCCGAAACAAGUCACCACCCGCUGACCUAACACCGACGUCGAGCCUACCAUCUCGGCGUCCAAAGAGCAUGGAUCUUUCCAGACCGCCGGUAGAGGACGAACGGGCGAAACCAUAGCCUCCCGGCUCUCAACAAAGCGCCACGACCCCGAUUCGGACAAAAUCCGGGCGUGGGAGAGGCAAAGUAUCUCGGAAGGGGAAGGGGAGAGAGGAUAUGAAAAUCCACGGGAGAGCAGGAGCGAGGGGGGUUUUCGUCCACAUUUUCUGUCUCAUCGACUCAUACAGCUAAUUUUCACCAUUUUUUUGAGACUACUUGCACGAGAAUUUGGCGACGUGAUCGCCUCCCUCUCCCCCUCCCCUUUCAUUCUUUUUAGUUGUAUCUUCUCUAGCCAUCUCGUCAACUUUGCGACGUUUUUUUCUCUUUCCUCUAUACCUGCCUUUUGUCACUAUCCACGACCUUUCUUUCUCUCUUCUCCUUACACACUAUCUCUUUGUUGCUCUGUCCACAUCCUGUUUGUCUUAUCGCUAUCUCGUUUAUGAAGGAUUCUCCGUAUUGACGUCACGUUGUAAAGAGUCCUGUAUUUUGCCCGUCAUCUUUGUCUUAACUUCAUGGUAGCGCCGGUCUUCGCCCUCGGUUUGCUUCUGGUCCACCCUGUCGCUGACCAAAUACAGGCGCGCCCCAUUGGUUAGGCUCGCCGCAGUUUUGACCAUGUAAAGUGAUCACGGAUCAAGCCGUCCAAAGUCGGUCAAGGAUUUCGCCAAGUCAAUCUAGGCCAAACAUGGUAUAUUAUCAGUUGCCGUACCUGAUUGAGACCAGCCUGGAGUUGAUGACAUAAAACCUUUGCGAGGCAAGCCCAGUCGGAGAACAAACUCUAGCCCAGUUGCAC